UACACUCUACAACUGUCUAGUCAGUCUCCAGUCCAGUGAGUCAGUCUACACUUUACAGUUUUUCAGUACGCUACUACUGCCAUAAAUGACGAACGUAUAUUUAGCCGAAGUUAAUAAACUGUUCAAGCUCAAGAUUUGAUGAAAUAAUUCAAAAUAUUAUGGACUACUCUUGUAUAAGAGUACAAUAAACUUUGAAAAAAAAAACUUAAUAUAUUUUGGUUUUGCUUAAAAUGAGCGGUAAUCGACUAUCAGAUGACGACAAGUCUGAAACAAAUUAUGAUCAGAACUUAGAAAAACUGAAUGGCUUAAAUUUGCAAGAAGAGAAUGAGGUUUCUGAACAGGACAAAUGUACGCCCACACUUGAUUAUCUUCAGUCUAUUGUUGAGGAACUGUAUUUGUUUAAUAAAAAUUCAUUCGAAAACAAUACUGAAAAAGUAUCUUACAACAAAGAAAUUCUAAAUGAAAAGGUUAAACAUGUAUUGACAUUGAUGAAAACAAAUGAAGAAGCUGCAGUUGCUGAAAACAAAGCACAGUAUUUUUUUUUGCUGGGAAAAACUUGGAGUGUUACACAACCAGUAAAUGAAGAAUGUAUUAAUGUAUUAUCCAAAGCAGUUAAACUCAAUCCAACACACUUAGAUGCAUGGAAUUCACUUGGUGAAUGUUUAGUACAUUUGAAAAGAUUUUCUGAAGCCAAAUACUGUUUUCUUGCUUCACUGAAACACGGUAAAUGUAAAGUCAUUUUGAGAAAUCUAUCGAUUAUUAUGCGUGAGGCUCAGUUGUUAACUAGUGAAAAUGUUAAGGAAAAUCUUAAUGCAGGCAUUGAGUAUGCUAAAGAAGCUGUUGAAUUGGACACUAAUGAUGGAGAAUCUUGGGCAAUACUUGGAAAUGCUUAUCUAUCCUUAUUUUUUAGGAGACAAGAAGAUAAACUCCUUAGACAAUCCAUCAACUCUUUUGAGAAAGCUCUUAAAGACCCUAUAGCUUCCAAGAAUGCUGAUCUUCAUUUUAAUAGAGGCGUUGCUUUAAAAUAUGGGGAAAUUUAUACAGAUGCUUUAUUGAGCUUUGAACAAGCAUCAAUAUUGGAUCCAAUGUGGACUACAGCUAAAGAAACUUUAGAAGAUCUCAUUAAAUAUUUGACCUCAACACAAACAUUAUAUCAACGUAAGGGUCAGGUAAAAAGUAAACGACUGCAACAGAUGACAGAGUCUUUAAACUCUAGUUUUUUGGGAUUAUACAACAAUAAAAUAAAAACAAUGAAAGGCCAUGUAAUGUUGGAACAUAUUCCAUUAUCUAAACUCCAAACGGGCUUUAAUGCUAACAAAGUAGUAUGUGGUCGAGUAGUAUGUGUUGUAUACAAUCAGGAGCCUGUCCCUUAUACAUUUUGUCUGGUGGAUAAAGAUUUAUCAUGUAUUGUUGUAUCAGUAUACAACCUAGCUCAAGGUAGAGGACCAAUCAUAGGAGAUGCUGUGGCCAUUCCCGAACCUUAUUUAACUAAUAUUGAUGCAAAAUAUAUAAAACAGACGUUCCAGUACCCUAGUAUCAGAGUAAACCUUCCUUUAACCAUGGUUGUGAACAAGAAAAAUGUAAGUGCAGAAUGUGUGUCUCAACCACAGUUUUUAUCCAAACAGUUUUAACAGUUGUUUCUAUUUUUUUUUUUUUUACACCAUACAUUUUGUAUAGUCCAUCAGUUAUUUUAUCAUAAUAUUCAUUAUUAUAAAAUGUAAUUUUGUAAGCUUAAUUUAACAUUGUCAACAACAGUUGUAAAUACUUUAAAUUAUUAGUGAACUACUUAAAUUUUAUAGAAGACCUUCCAUCACUAAUUUUGUACUAUUAGUUUUAAAUAUUUCUUUUUUAUAUUUUAUUUAUACUUUUUUACACUAAAAAAAAAAAAAAAAUUGUGAUUAAUACAAAAAAAAAUAUAUAUAUACAUAUUAUCAAUGGUAAAACAUUUUUUAAUUUGUCAACUAAAAUGCUAAUUUGACAAAUGAGUGAUAUCAAGAUUUCCAUUUAGAGCUUUUUAAGCCGUUAAAUUUUAUACCUUAUGUACAAUGUUUAUUUAAAAUAUACUUAGAUUUUAUUUCAGAAGAAAUUAGUAUUUGUUGUAUUGAAAUGCUGAUUAAAAAUAUAUAAAUAAACUUUUUAUAAAUUACUUAGAAACUGGCCAUUUAAAUUUAAAAUUUAUAAAGCUAUAUUUACCAAUUUACUAACAAACCCACCAUAACGUUAUUGUUAUUUCACGUGUUUGUGGAUUCAAUUUUAAUCUUAAAUUAAUAUGUCUAAUAAUAUUUAACUAUCACCAAUUGAAAUAAUUGAUAGUAUAGUGUAUAAUAUACAUUUUAUAUUUAUUGAAAAUGGGCUUAGACUCCAAACAAAUAAAGUAAAAAUGUAGUUACUUAUUAAUUAUUAUUGAUUAUUAGUUGUAAAAAUAUGAUAAUCAAUAAUUAAAAUACAAUUUUUUAUUAUUAUUUUUUGUUUUUUAUUUAAUGUAACACAUUUAUGAUAUAUGAUAAAAAUGUAUCUGUAAGGUGAUAGACUAGAACCAGACACUUUUGAAAUGAACAAUCUAGUUAAAUUUUACUGUAAAAUUGAAAUUUAAUAUUCAAAGUUGUUGGUAAUUAUAUGACAUUUGAAAUAUUUCAUGGGGUGGGUGAUGUUCCUUCUCCUGAACAUAGUUAAAACCUGAAUAAUUUCAGAUUCCUGUCAGUCACUGUAUAUACUAUUAUGCUGAUUAUUUUAGUAGAUUGGUCCCACUGAUAGCUACUGUACAAUUAUUUUUUUUAUAUAUAUAAUGCAUAAAACUUAAUGGUAAUUAGCAAAGUUACACCAAAAUGUAUUUAAAUACUAUUGUACUUAUGUGAUAAUAUUUAAGACUUAUACCUAGAUAGGAGAAAUAAGAUAAAAUUAUGUAUUUAUACCAAUACAAUUUAUAAAAAUAAAAACUACUAUAUCUUGGCAAAUA